UAUGGCGUCUAGAAACUGAAAUAUUUGCAAGCUUGACCAAAAGUAGCCAGCAGUAAGCUAGCUAGUUCGUUCGGUUAGUUAUUUGUCUUAGUUAACAUACAUGUUCCUUCAGUUUUUUGGACUGUAAGCGAAUGCAUGUGUUUUAAAGUAAAGCAAUGUUAGAUUCAGCAGAGCAUUCUUAUUGUUAAAAACAAGUAAACGUGAACUAACGCUAACUUAGCUGAGAUCAUUACAAAACCAUUCCACCCAAGAAGAUUUCAUCUUUGCAAGAAUGAUGUCAAAAUUCAACUUCAGAAGAAAUGACAAAGUGCCAUUUAAGCACAUAGCUCAUGGCUUGAUCCCUGCCGCCACCAUUGCCCCCAGAGCAGCAGUCCCCCGCACCCCUCCCCCCCGCAGCCCAUAUCCCUCUCCAGAAAGACCCAGGUCUGCCUUGGCCGCUGCCAUUUUGUCCUCCUCGUUAACUGGCCGUACAGUGGCCAUCCCUCCGCCGCGACAGAGGUCGUACUCUGAGAGCGCGUGCUCUCGCUCUGAAAACUGGGCUGCCGGGGAACCCUAUGCCACUGCAGAGUUCACGAGGGAUAGGUGGUCCCCGCCUGGUGGUGCCAGGCCUCGCUUGCCUUCCCCUGACUAUUCUGUCAAAGUGGGUGAUGAUGAUGAUGAUGAUGAUGAUGAUGAUGAUGAAGAGGAGGAAGAGCUAGAAAGAACUGUGCUCUCUGAUCCUGAUGAAGGCCACAUCUAUCAGUCUCUGGAAAGGCAAGGGAGGAGUCCAGUCAAUAAAAUCUACGCGGUGCCGAUGCAACGGGGCAGGGGUCAGUCAGAGUUCAGUGACGGGACGGAUGACUCUGCAUGUGGUGUAGUGUCCCCUCUGCACACAGAAGUGGACUCCACUCAGCGUGAAAGGGCUCCCCCACUGAGGGUGGGAGAGAAGCCCUCUACCGAAAGGGCCGUGGCAUCUCCAGAUCUGACCGAUGACUGGAGCAUGGAGUCUUCCAAAGCGAGCCGCAGCUCAGCCAGGAAGAGGGCGGCAUCGAGGAAGAGCUCAGGCCGAGACGGCCGCUCAGUAGUGGUGGAGGAAGCCAGCCGAGAGCUGGCGGAGAUGCAGAAGGAGUUGAUGAGGGGUCUGAGGGAACAGAACCAAUGUCUGACCGCAGAGAAGCAGGCCCUGGCGCGCCAGUGCGAGCAGCAGGCCCAUCAGCUGCAGAGAGGCCAGGAGCGGCUGCAGCUGCUGGAGCAGCACCACCGCAGGGAGCGGGCCUCCAGGGACCCCAGCCCGUCCGCAGGUGAACGGGCAGAACUGCACACCCUCCGCCAGCAGGCCCAGGAGUUGGUGGAUGAGAACGACGGCCUGAAAAUGACUGUCCAUCGCCUGAAUGUGGAGCUCAGCCGCUAUCAGACCAAAUUCAGACCGCUGUCUAAGGAGGAGUGCUCCAGGAUCAGUGCCCUGCCAGUGAAGGGACCUGCACCGCCCUGGCUGCUGGAUAUGAAGUAUUUAUCUCCGUUGUUGCUGGCGUAUGAAGACAGGAUCAGUGAGAAAGAGUCUCUAUUACAGGCUUGUGAGGUGGAUCUAAAGGAGUUCCGUGAACGUGUUGAGUCUGUGCUACAGGAGAACGAGAUGCUCCAUGCUCAGCUGGGCAAGACGAGGACCGUCAGUCAGAAGGAGUGGCGCCAGCUGCAGGGCCAGGCGAAGCUGGUUCUGAAGGAGAACCAGGUCCUGAUGGAGCAGCUGGCUGUGCACCAGACCAGAUCCAGGGAGAGUCACGGCCGCCAUGUACAGGAAGUGUCCAAAGUCUCCAAGGAGCUGAUGCUGCUGGAAGCGGAGAAGGAGGGCUUGCAGGAGGAGCUGCAGGAGGCACGCAGGGAGCUGCAGGAGACGCGCAGGGAGCUGCAGCAGGCCCGCGCCUCCCUGGAGGGAGCAGUGAGCUGGGAGGAGCACUGCAGCAUCACCAACAAGCUCAAACGGCAGCUGGAGCAGGUGGAGGAGGAGAGGAAGAGCGAGGUGGAGGACUUGACCAGUCGAGUCUCAGCCCUUCAGACGGAGAAGAAGGGUCUGCUCCUGGAGAGAGCCAGCCUCACGGCAGACAUGAAGAGCCUGGAGGAAGAGCUGGAAACGUCCCGCCGUGCUAACAGGAAGGCUCAGAGGAAGGCGGGCCUGCUGAAGAUGCAGCUGGAGGAUGCUCUGGACAAAGAGCUGGUCGCCCACCAGUACCUGAACGGCAUGGUGGCCCUGGCGGAGAAGACCACGCAGGAGCGGGACCGGCUCGUACACAUGGCCUCCUCUCUGGAGCAGGACAAGCAGGGGGUGCUGACCCAAAUCAUCCAGGGCACGGUGCGCCUCGGGAAGCUCCAGGAGAAGGUGAAGGUGUACAAGCGGCAGGCGGCGGGCCGGCUGGGCGCGUUGGGCCACCGGCUGCAGGAGCAGGAGGAAGACUUCGCCGGGAAGGCUGCCUCCUACCACAGAGAGAUCCGCCACCUCCAGCGGCUGCUGAGCGACAAGCAGGACGCGCUGGACGGAGCGCUGCAGCAGAAAAGAGCUGUGGAGGGUGAGCUGGAGAUCGUCUGGGAGUCCACGACCAGGGAGAACCGGCGCAUCAAGGAGGCCCUCUUUGAGUCCUUCACCAAGGACAACCUGGCGGAGGUGCUGGACCAGCCCCUCGCAGGACUCCAGGCGCUGGGGAUCGUCGAGGGGCCUUCCCUGGGCUGCAGGUCCCAACAGCAGGAGGAGCUCUCUGGCCUGGUUCCCCCGGGGAGCUCAGCGCCUCCUCCCUUCACCUCCCGCCAGAGCGCUGCGGUGCCCGGCGUCCACCGCAGCCCCAUGUUCGAGUCCGACUCGGACCAGCACCAGAACCCGUCCUCCGACGAGAGCGAGAAGAACGGGCUGGACUUCUACUCGUAGCCCCGCCGGGUCGGCCCACCACUGUACGCCCCACGCCCUCACUCGUCUUCAUAUGAGUGCUUGCAUUAGUUUAUGUCAGGCCUGGAGCUGUGUAGCAUGCACAUACAUUCAUAGGAAUAUUUCUUUCAUAGAAAAGCAGGCUUGUCUGGAGAAUUAAUUUUCCUUUGGAUGGCCCGUGGUUAUUUAGGAGUUUUGAAAGACCCAUACACUGGCAGAAAAAUGGAACAAAUCUGAAAGAGAACUUGUGAAAAUGUGGUUUAUUCAAGGCAAACGUACGUUGUAUGUCGGGUGUUGUGUGGCUUUUAAAGUCGAUCUUGUGCACCUUGGACGCUGAUGAUCUGUGACCAAAACAUUCGUCUGCCUUGAAUAAACUGCAUUUUUGCUGUAGUUCCUUUCAGAUUUUUUCCAUUUCUGUGCCAGAGUCUUUCAUAUUUCACCUUGUUUCACAGCUCAAGAGAAGUAAAUCAAGACAAAAGCGCAGAUUCUUUUUUAUAAUCUUUUAUAUCCAGGAGUUUAUCAUUUCUUAUUUGUGUGGUUACCCUGGAUGAUUGUAAUAUCCCGCGGCUCUUCGCAAUCAAAAUCUCUCCAAUCAAUGGACUUUUCCACAAGUUGCUUGAUACAUAUUGAUUGAGCUCAUGUUCUUCAGAGUUCACAAAGGAGUUACAUAUCAUCUCUGUAGUAGAAUGGAUCCAUAAUAUUUUAGAUCUCAGCUUCUGGUGCACAUUUGAUGUAGCACGGGCUGCACGUCUUCUGUUAUCGGACUUUUUGUGGCAUACAGGGUGUACACGUUGCCAAAACGGGGUGCUUUUUGUUCUGUGCAGUCAGUGCAUGGAUGAUGGAGAUUGAUUUGCACAUGCAGAACAGAGAUGGGUACUAGUGUUACCAAAGAACUUUAGAGUUGCCAAUUUCAUUUGACCAUUCUUCCACCGACAGGCUUUAAAAAUUGGUUUGAUGCUCCUGUGAAUUCUGGUUAACACAUAUUUUUAUGCCAUUUCAAAGAGACUUACUCGCUUGAAGACGAGAGCCCUGCUGAUAUUUACCUGUGACUGGUAUGUUGCAAUACCUAAUAAAUCAAAAUGCUGAUUUUAAGUUUGUCAUUUUAACACAUCAGCGCAAAUAUUGCAGUCAUAGUGAAUAAUCAAAUUCAAAAUAGGUAACUUUUGUGAUAAAAUCCUAGGAUUGUCCUUGGAAAAGGAAUAAAAUGAAAAAAUUGAAAUAAAAUAGACUAUCAAGAUGCUUUGGCACUUCCAAAUAUAUACCACACAAAUAUUGCAUUAUAAACACACAUACAGUGCAAUCCAUAAAUAUUUGAACAGUGACACAAUUUAUCUUUUGGCUCUGUACUCCAGCACAUUGAACAUGAAGUAAAACAGUGAAAAAUACUUUCAGUUGUGAAGAAAUCCCAUUUUCAUCUGUUGAACAGAUCAAGAAUAAGAUGUCGGCAUUGAUGGGCCAAAGACUCAAAUAAAGGGAAACCUAUGAG